AUGGAGACCAGAGUGAAAAAGAGGGAACAGUGGAGGAAGAAAAGAGAAUAUAUCCUGGCAGCAGCAGGAAAUGUGGUGGGCCUGGGCAACGUGUGGAGAUUCCCCUACCUGUGUUAUAAGAACGGAGGAGGUGUCUUCCUGGUGCCUUACUGUUUCUUUGCUGUGCUGUGUGGCGUGCCACUCUUCCUGCUGGAGACUGUGAUUGGUCAGUACACACAGGAGGGCGCCAUCACCUGCUGGACCAAGCUCUGCCCGCUGGCACAGGGGGCCGGCUAUUCCACCAUAGUGAUCCAGCUUUAUUCCAGAGUCUACAUCAUCAUCCUGGCUUGGGCCCUCCUCUACUUCUUCUAUUGUUUCAGAGACCCUCUGCCCUGGGCCACCUGCAACAAUCCGUGGAACACAGACAGAUGUGUGGACCUUGCCUCUGCGAACUGGACUGCAAUACACAGUGGCAACCUGAGAGGAAACUGGACAUCUGGAAAUCUCCCCAAGUCAUCAGCCUCUGAGUUCUGGGAUAGAGGACUGUUGUCCAUGUCUGGGGGAAUUGAGGAGGUUGGCUCAGUGAAGUGGGAGCUGCUGCUGUGUCUCCUGGCCUGCUGGGUGGCCUGCUACUUCUGCAUCUGGAAAGGGGUCCGUUUCACAGGAAAGGUGGUGUAUUUCACGGCAGUGUUCCCCUAUGUGAUGCUGGCCAUCCUGCUGGUCAGGGGGUUGACGCUGCCAGGAGCCUGGCAGGGCGUGGUGUACUACUUGUAUCCAGAUCCUACUCGCCUGGUAGACUUUCAGGUGUGGAUGGAGGCUUGUGCUCAGGUCCUCUUCUCCUAUGGUGUUGCAUCAGGAACCCUGAUCACACUGGGUAGCUACAACAAAGUCAACAACAACUGCUACAAGGACAGUCUGUGGUUGUGUGUGCUCAAUAGCGGCACCAGCUUCAUCUCCGGCUUCGCAGUCUUCGCGGCUCUGGGCUUCAUGGCCGACAAACAGGGAAUUCCCAUCGACAUGGUGGUUGAUUCAGGCCCUGGGCUUGCAUUCAUCGUAUUUCCUCAGGCUGUUGCCAUGAUGCCCCUCCCACAGCUGUGGGCCGCCUGCUUCUUCAUUAUGCUCAUUCUGUUGGGACUGGACACACUGUUUGCAGGUCUGGAAACUAUCACGUCAUCAGUGAUUGACAUGUUCCCGGGGCAAAUGCGCAGACCCUGGCGCAGAGAAAUCUUCCUCUUCUUCUUCUGCUCCAUCUGCUUCAUCAUACAGAUCUCUCUCACCACUCAGGGAGGAGUGUACCUCUUCCAGCUGGUUGAUUACUAUGGUGCCAAUGGAAUAUGUAUAUUAUUUGUGUCUGCGCUCCAGUGUGUGGCUGUUGGCUGGGCCUUUGGGGCUGAGCGGAUGUCUGACGCGGUGGAAUUUAUGACGGGACAGAGGCCAUGGGUUUUUUUCAAACUGUGCUGGCGCUACUUCACCCCUCUGAUCUGCACAGUUUGCUUCUUCGGCUUCUUCCUGGACCACCAGCCCCUGACAACCAGCGGGGGGUAUGUGUACCCAGACUGGGCCUACUGUCUGGGCUGGGCUAUGGCCCUCUCCUCCGUGGCUGCAGUACCCAUCUGUGCUGUCUGCAAGAUCUGCCUUGCAGAGGGCACCCUCAGACAGCGUCUGUUGGUCCUGUGGCGUCCAGUCAGUGAUCCUGUUGGUCCCGAGACAAAUGAAGAACCUGGAGAUGAAACCGACGUUAUGAGUCAGUCAAUGAAGUGUUCGCUAAAUGAAGACGUGUAAAUGUAAAAAAACAAAAUCUGCAGGGUACCUUUCAUAUUCGGAUUUCAAAUCUCAAAAUCUCAAAAAUGAGAGCGUCGCUGUGUUCCCAAGCACUUAUUUUUCAGACGCGACAGCUGCACACCGAGAUAAAAACAGUUCAACUUUUGGAACGGUGGAGCGUGCACUACAUGUCAUGUGACUAGGAACAACCAAUCACAGCUGGAAGAUAUCUCUUCUUUCUUCUGCAAAUAUCAGUCUACAGUAAAUAUAUGAAGAAGUUAAUCAUUUUAGUUCAGCACCACCCGGAGCUUUAUUAUCCAUCCCACAGAAUAUUUUACUUGCUUCAUCUUGCCGUCAAAGUACGUCACAACAUUGAAAAGGUCAGAAAAAUUGUCACAGACGAAUCAGGCUUUAAAGCUACUGUGAGGGAUUCACGGUGCUGUGAAUUCAUUUAUUUAUUAUUGUUUAGUUUAGUAAGCGAGACUUACUGCUAAAUUACCACAACUUCAUCAUCAUAAGUCAAUGAAGUAAAUAACUGGGCUUACUGGCUUAUUUAAAACAAUUGACCUCAACACAGCAUACUGCUACUCUGCCUCUGGGCCAGAUGAUAAUGGGCCGGUCCGUUUAAGGUAAAACUUUGAUGCUGUCAUGGAGCUCAGUUUAGUUCUUGAUGGCUUAAAUGUGGCACAUCCACUUCACACACUCUGUUGUGUGCAUGAGCCCAUCAAGUAUGUCUGUGAUGAGCCUGUUUCGUGUUUUUUUUUUAAUCAAGUUCAGUUUGAAAAAAAACACGUCCAUGUGAAGAAUUUGAAUGCGGAAACACAAGUGCAUAGAGGGGCAAAGUUUCCCAGUUCACGGGAAACCUUUACUCCUCUUAAGUCCUCAAAAGUAGAAAGCUAGUGUCAAAAUUCAUCCCCACCUAUUGUCUUAAACUUAAUUAGUGG